GAAUACCGGCCUUAGAGCACUACCACGUAUGCGCGCACCUCGGGCGUGUAAAAUGGCGGACCUUCAAUUGGGUACAUCGCCAGGAGGCCUAUCAGCAAUCCAGAUAUAUAGAUCAGUGAUGUCUAUACACAGUGACACGAGAGCAAUGUCUAUAUAAAAAAUAAAAAAAGAGUAUUUUUAGGAAUAAACUUUUUAUUUUGGUAUGGGAAUGAAGACAUUUCGAUCCUUCGAGAGUUUUAUGCAAAUUAUAAUCAACUUUUAUGAUACACUUGAUUGCUUGAUGCAAAAUGCAGUGUAAAAUCGAUGAUCUACCUGAUGAAUUAUUAGAGUACAUUCUGAGCUUAAUACCACCUUAUAAAGAUCUCCAAGAGUGCAAGCUUGUUUGUAAAAGAUGGUACCGUGCCACCAAAAAUGUAAUGGAACACAAUGAAGCACAUUUUCAAAAGUCUGUUGCUUUUGGAUCUUUACUGUGGAAUUCAUUGCCAUCUACACACUGGACACUCACUAUUGGAAAGAGACAUUCACAUUCUGCUUGUAUAUAUAAUAAUUCUAUGUACGUAUUUGGUGGUUGCACAGCUACAUGGACAACAUUCAAUGAUUUGUGGCAGUUAGAUUUAGGCACAAGAACCUGGGUCAGACCAAUCACUAUGGGCAACUAUCCAUCACCUAAAGCUUGUGCCACUAUGCUCUAUUAUAAGAAAAGCUUAAUUUUAUUUGGAGGUUGGUCUCAUCCAUCGCCAUAUCCUUUACAUCAGCAAUGGAAAUUAUUUAAUGAAUUACAUGUAUACUCUAUAGAAUCAAAUAAAUGGACUGCUAUAAAUACAUUAGAAACUCCACCGCCAACAUCUGCACAUUCUGCAACAAUACAUGGGAACUUAAUGGUCGUCUUUGGUGGAGUUUGUAAUGGAUACAGUUCUAAUGAUAUAUGGUGCUUAAAUUUGGACUCAUAUUAUUGGCACAAACAAACUACGUCAAAUUUGAAACCCCAACCACGUUAUGGCCAGUCACAAAUUGAACUUGGGAAAAAACAUCUACUUGUGCUUGGAGGUUGUACAGGACCAAAUGCUGCCAUGAAUGAUGCUUGGUUGUUGACAAUGGAAGAUACAUCUUGGACAUGGAAAAAAGUUAAUAUGCACAAUACAGAAUGGGCACCAACACGUAUUUGGUGUCAUCAAGCUUGUAAGGUGGGAAAUUAUAUUAUUGUACUUAGUAAAAAUAGAUGUCAAGCCAAACCAAGUGAUAUGAGUAUUUCAUUAAGAAAGGUUGCUUGUCAAAGAAAUACUUCACCACGUUUGUGCGAGUCGAAUCUUUUGCAUGAAAGGCCGGAAAAUUUAUCUGCCAUAGAUAGAGAUGAAAAUAUAAAUGGACGACAUGGAGCAUUUUCUAGGUCACAUUCACAAAAUGCACAUGCUACAUCGCAUACAGCCAGUAUUUCAAAAACGAUACCAUUUUACAGUGAUAAUACUCUAAGCAUGGCCGCAUUCCGCGAUCAACCUCUGCGUCAUAAUUCAAAUACAGAUAGACAACGUCAAUUGGAAUCAUUAAGAAGAAUGGAAGAGAAAAUUCGGAAUAAGAAAGCACAACCACUGAAAGUAUUUAAAAAAGCCGAGAGCACAUUAUCAAUAUUUGUGUUGGAUAUUACUAAUGUUCUUUCCGAUGAUUGCAAUGCUUCGUGGAUUCCUUUAAAACAGGACGAUCAUUCAGGACCUGAUGAGAGAAUUUUGUAUUCUCUUGUAGUUGGAAAAGGAGAAUUAAUAGUUUUUGGAGGUAUUCGUAAAGAGCAUUCAACAUUAGGCCACACUGAUGUAGAUGAUUCUGUAGUAUAUAAUGAUCUCCAUUUUAUAAAUCCGCCGCGAUAUGUUAUUUAAUAUUAAUAAAUAAUUAAUAAUACACAGAA